GAGAGAAACGUGAACGCGGAUAUAUGACGAGCGCGCACGACAUGUGGCCGUAAAUACGUCAGUGGUGCGCGCCCUCGUUCUUUCUUUCUCUCGUCCUGAAGAUGGCGGCAGGGACUCUGUACACAUACCCAGAGAACUGGAGGGCCUUCAAGGCCCAGAUUGCAGCCCAGUACAGUGGCGCUCGCCUCAAAGUGGCCAGCAGCCCCCCUGCCUUCACCUUCGGGCAGACGAACCGUACCCCAGCCUUCAUCAACAACUUCCCUUUGGGCAAGGUCCCUGCCUUCCAGGGGGAUGACGGCUUCUGUCUGUCUGAGAGUAAUGCCAUUGCUCACUACUUGAGCAAUGAAGCCCUGCGCGGUGCCACUCCUCAGGCCGCAGCACAGGUGCUGCAGUGGGUGAGCUUUGCUGACUCAGAGAUCAUCCCUCCAGCCAGCGCAUGGGUCUUCCCCACUCUGGGCAUCAUGCAGUUCAACAAGCAGGCCACAGAGCAGGCAAAGGAGGAUGUAAAGAAAGUCCUUGGUGUCCUGAACCAACACCUUAACACCCGCACCUUCCUUGUGGGGGAGAGGGUCAGCCUUGCUGACAUCACUGUGGCCUGCUCCAUGCUCUGGCUCUACAAACAGGUCCUUGAGCCUUCUUUCCGUCAGCCUUACCCCAACGUGACUCGCUGGUUUACCACCUGUGUCAACCAGCCGCAGUUCAAGGCAAUUCUUGGAGAUGUCAAGUUGUGUGAAAAGAUGGCCCAGUUUGAUGCCAAGAAGUUUGCUGAGAUGCAGCCCAAGAAAGAGGCCCCUGCUAAGAAAGAGAAGGGAGGAAAGGAGGCAGCCAAGCCCCAGGAGAAGAAAGAAAAGAAGAAGGAAGAGAAGAAGCCCGCCGCUGAAGAGGAGGAGAUGGACGACUGUGAUGCUGCUCUGGCUGCAGAACCUAAAGCCAAGGACCCCUUUGCACACCUUCCAAAGAGCACAUUUGUCAUGGACGAGUUUAAGAGGAAGUAUUCCAACGAGGACACAUUGACAGUAGCCAUUCCCCACUUCUGGGAGCACUUUGACCGUGAGGGGUACUCUAUCUGGUAUGGCCUGUACAAAUACCCUGAGGAGCUCACUCUUACCUUCAAGAGCUGCAACCUUAUCACAGGUAUGUUCCAGCGCCUGGAUAAACUGAGAAAGAACGCCUUCGCCAGUGUCAUCUUGUUUGGCACUAACAACGACAGCAGCAUCUCUGGCAUCUGGAUCUUUAGGGGUCAGGAUUUGGCCUUCACGCUGUGUCCAGACUGGCAAAUUGACUACGAGUCAUAUGACUGGCGCAAGCUGGAUCCAGACAGUGAGGAGUGCAAGACCAUGGUGAAGGAGUACUUUGCCUGGGAGGGAGACUUCAAGCAUGUGGGUAAAUGUUUCAACCAGGGCAAGAUCUUCAAGUGAGAGGACCCGGGGACAUUCGGCGCAAGCACCCUGCGCUUCUGCUUACCAGCACUUCAACAUAAGGACUUUCAGCCACCUCGUGCUUACUGCAACAAUGACUCAGAAUGGCAGUGUUUGAAGACAAGGUUUUGUCUCAUGGCCCCAAACUGUUUUUUUUGUCUUUGACCUGCGAAAUAAAGCGUUUUCCAUAAUGCCA